AGUAAGCAAUGAUUGAUGUCUGGAAGAUUCAUGAAGGGUUGUUUACAUUUUACAGCUUAUUAGGCAACAAUCACGGUAACCUUACGAGUCGCUCAGUCUUUGGAUAACUGAGUUAACAGCUAAAGAUAUUUUCUAGAGGUUUCGGGGAUAUCUUAGUGAAAACAAUGCAGAUUGAUAAAUAGUUUCAUUUAAACAUGCAGUCGAUCGGAAGUAUAUUUAUAUAAAGUGAAAUAAUAGUUGGAUACCAUGAUAUAAACCUUUCGGUAUGCUGGGGGUACUGAAACCUCCUACGAAGAGAAUAAGUAGAUUUCAUUUGCAGAGACCGUACAGCAGAGUGACAUUGACCUGAUGACAUCUGAGUUCAAGCCCCAGCCGUCACCGCUGUCAUGGCCUGAGAUCUUUGUGUAUUGGGUGCUCUCACUGGGCUCUCAUCUUUACUCUUUCUACCAACUGCACAAGUUCUCCAAAGAGCAUGAAGCAGGAUUACAGAGAGAGCUGCAGUUGGAAAAUGGGUUUUUUAAGGGAUUCAAAAGGGACUCGUCUGACUUUGAGUGGAGUUUCUGGACUGAGUGGGCCAAAAAGUCUUUACUCUGGACUCUAGUUGUUCAUGGCAUAUUAUCAAGACUGACCACAAUAUUUUACCCAAAGCUGAAGGUGUUUGCGCUCACAGUAUACGACUUCCUGGCAGCCACUAACGUGUUGGGCUAUAAAGGCGUGGCUGUGCUGCUUCUGCAUCUGUCUGUUGCCUUCUCAGUGGCCCAGCUGCGAAAGCCUGCUCUGGCAUGGAUCACUAACCUUCUGCUGCUUUCCACGAUUCACAUUCAGUCACUACAAGACAUUCAGAGAGGCUGGUACAGCACAGAGGAGGAGUACUACCUGCUCCUCUUCAGCGUUGCAGUCUGUGGCCUUCGAUUCAUCAGCUUCAGCCUGGAGCACUGCUGGAGCCCUUUAGAAGGCGGUCCAGCCGCGCAGCUCUGUUGGCUGUUUUCAUACACCUUCUAUCAUCCUUUUUUCUACAACGGACCCAUUAUCACUUUCAAAGCCUAUGCCGAGCAGAUGCGGAGGUCAGCUGAGGAGAACAACUCGGAGAAAUCUGUUCUUAGCUUCGUUCUGGCCAGAUCGGGGCGGAUCAUACUGUGGUGGUGCCUGGCAGAGUACAUGAUCCAUGUCAUGUACAUGCAUUCCAUUCACUCCAAUGAGACUUACCUGCAAAUACUUCCCCCCUGGGCCUUGGGUGGUCUGGCCCUGGCUCUCGUCCAGUUCUUCUAUGUAAAGUAUCUGGUUCUGUUUGGGUUUCCAUCCAUGCUCGCUACUCUGGAUGGAUUGGUUCCCCCGAAGCUCCCUCGCUGCGUCAGCAUCAUGCACAGUUUCACAGGGAUGUGGAGGCACUUUGAUGAGGGGCUGUAUCGAUGGCUCAUCAGAUACAUUUACGUGCCUCUGGGUGGUUCCCGCCAUGGUCUUCUUUACAAAGUGUUAUCUACUGGCCUGGCCUUCGGGUUUGUCUGCUUCUGGCACGGUGGCCUCGACUACUUACGGUACUGGGCCCUGAUGAAUUGCGCUGGGGUUCUAGUAGAAAAUGGCAUCAAAUAUCUCUUUGCCUCACCCUGCCUUCGCUCCAUUGUUGAGCAGAAUUUGUCCUUGGCGACACAAAGGCGCUGCACAGCCCUUCUCUGUGCCUUGUCCACGGCCAUGCUCAUCCUGUCUAAUCUGGUGUUCCUUGGGGGAAUACACGUGGGCAGAAUCUUCUGGAAGCGUGUCUUCAUUCAAGGGUGGUCGACCAUUGCUCCACCGAUGAUUGCUUUCCUAUACUGCUUUGCUCAGGUUGGACUUGAACAAGCUUCUCUCCCACCAUGAGUCACCUUGACUUUCUACAAAAGUCAGAAUCCCCGCUACUGGACAACCAGGAUGGCCUGCUGGCUACAGAGCUGCAGCGACUGGAGCCCCUGUGGCAAACCUGGCCAUCAGCCCCUGGAAGUGACCAAACAUGACUGACGUUCGGCUGCUUUCCACAGCCUGCAGUGCUGGAAGGAAAAAAAAAAAUAGAUUUUUCACAAAAUGUAAUGAAAUGAAAGCUGCUGUAUUUCAAGGUGGAUUCUUAUUAGACAGCCUUUAGUGAGGCAUGUGAAACUUUAAAAACCAAAUGUUGGACUCUGGAUCUGUCUUCAUUCUGUGGCUUUGAUAAGGAAUUGCUCGGUGGUGCAGUUAAUUGGUGAAAUACCACGUUUAUUGCCCUUUUUAUUGUUUAAAAAAAAGAUGCUGUUUAUUCCAAAGCACACUCAGUGUGUGAUGGAGAGCUCCAGAAACCUGAAUGGUGUUGUGUUCUAUAUUUCUUAGCAGAAAAAUGUCCCAAGUAUUACUUUGUUCCUUGUAAAAACUUUUAGAAACAAAUGGCUAUAAAUGUGAUUGAAGUUCAUUUACAUUUCUGAUUAAAGAUAGAAGAUGAUAGAAGCUGAACACA